CGCAGUUUACCUCCCCGGGUGGAGAUGGUCUAAGUAGUAAAGUACCACCACCAUCACCCAUAUUUCUCCGCCUCCACUCGGCCUCAAGCAGAACUCAGAUGGACUUCACUCCACUCUUCCCACACAGUUCCUCAUCUUCCUCGACGGUCUCACCCAAUGGCGACUAUGUAUUGACCUCGGUGGGCGACCGAUUGGUGGUCCGGCUCAGCCAAUCGAUGGAAGUCAUCCGAAGUUGGAGAACUGAGCAGGAGCCUUCGACUAACUCGGAACCGAAGCCGAAGAAGCUGCUCGCCUCCUCAUCCGCAUCGGCCACUGACAAGCAGGCCGUCAAGUCCUCAACGCGUUCCAUCCAGCCCACGAUCCCUUACCUUGGAAACGCGUCCAAUAAGCCAGCACCGGGCACCCCCCAGGAUGACCGGCGCCCACCGCUGCUCACAUCCAUCUCCUUCUCCCCAAACUCUCAGUACGUCUGUGCACUCUUACGACAAACUACGACCUCGGUAGUCUCCAUCUAUUCGAUAGAAGCCGAUCAGCUCGCUGCUCAAAUUAAAAUUGGCGCGGAGGGCGUCGCGGGUGGGGACAAGGCAAUCAGAUGGAGCCCGAGUGGGUGCAGCUUGAUGGUCUGGAGUGAUUGGAACCUCAGGGUCACCAUCUGGCCUCUCUCCAACUCACAACCCAAGCCGGUCCAAUUGCAUCAUCCCAAACAUGGGCCCCACAUCGGAUCCUCCUUCUCACCCACCGGGCGAUAUUUUGCUCUGCUCUGUCGACAGCCAGGAAACUUUCAUGACUGCGUCAGUAUAUACGACACGAUCACAUGGACAUGUGCCAGUUUGUUCCAGCUCUCUGCCGAACUAGUUGAUCCGACCCAUCUCCACUGGAGCCCAUGUGGUCGAUAUCUGGCAAUCGUCGAAUCGGCUCUACUCGAUUAUCGCGUCGAAAUCUGGUCCCCAACCGGGGCCAAACUUGGCAUCUAUGUCCCACAACCCCCAAAACUCAUCCUCACUCACAUCGAUCCUUCUUCCGCCGAUCACCACAUCCACCAUCCACCCCCAACCCUGAACCGUAGCCAUUCGGACACCCUUCCGAGCGGCCCGCCUCACAAGCGAAAAGUCUCAUCCAACACCCAUCAUCAAGACCCAGAGGCAGAUUCAAGCGUUCAUGUUGGCUUGGGCAUCCGUCACAUCAAGUGGAGACCAGGUGGGGAAUACCUUGCCGUUGGUGGAUGGGAUUGUAAAGUGCGCCUCUUGAACGACUUGACUUGGUCAUCGAUCUGCGAAAUCGACUUGAGUGACAUCUCUUGCGGGCGAGUUCUCAAUGAGCCUCGAGAAUGGAUCGGACGGACACGAGGCCACGGAAUUAUUCCGUUCGAACUAGAGCCAAUCAACGUCCUUCCAAGUCCUUUGAAACCUGACUUUAGUAAACCUAAUCCAACAAUUGGAAUUAAAGAGGUUGAAUGGAGUCCGAAGGGAGACUACAUGGCGGUCCGCAAUGACGCGCUGCCCACCGCAGUCUUCAUAUUCUCUUUCCGUAGUGGUAGUUCAUCCUCCCAAAAUGCACAUCUAGACUCGGCCCAUACCCAGCCCACAGUCCCUCUGCGCCCUCGCCUGAGCAGUGUGCUCCACUUUUCCACCCCAGUCAGAUGUCUACAAUGGCAUCCCACCCUGACCCAGCUGGUUCUGGUCUGCGCUACCUCAGCCGUUUAUUCAUGGUUCCCUGUCCGUCCAGGCCUUACUCCUUCGUCUCUCGACGCCUCUCAAUCUGGUGAGUAUUGUGAAGGAAUUGGUGUGCCUGCAGGUAUUCCUUUCAAUGCGACAUCGAUUCAGUGGAACCCAUCGGGCGAUAUCAUGUUGAUUUCAGAUAAGGCGACAUUUUGCUUGGCCUUUCCUGUUUCAGAAGAUGCUGAGAAUACAUGAAAAAUAUGGCGUUGUUUGUUGAUCAAACAAACACAGUGGGACUCAAGAACCGAAAAUGUCACGGAGUAAAACGUUUCCGUAUAGUUGGCUUGAAUAAAAUGGC